CUCGAUAAUGGUGGAGCGCCUAAACCGGGAGGACGGUGGUCUGUAUCGGUGCCGAGUGGAACUCAAUGUUGGAAAGUUUCAAAGUCCGGUUUUAACGGAGCUCUCUGUAAGAGCUCCUGACGGGAACGGCUCAGUGGUGACCGGGACUGAGGGAGCUUCGGCCACGUUACCCUGUGUGUUCACACGGUAUCAGGUCGACCACAUCCUACACACGGUGACGUGGGUGAGGAAAGAUCCCUACCGGCACAUCGUCACUUUCACACACCGCGGAAAUGAUUCCUGGACAGCGGAAAACGGAGUGACUCGGUACGAGCUCGUCAGGGACCCAGAGCAGGGAAACGCCUCGACCAGGAUCAAGCAGCUGAGUGCGGAGGACAGUGAUGGGUACCUGUGUCUGGUGGAGUUCAGGAAACCGAACUAUUACCGUUAUCCGUUCUUUGGCCUCUACCCCGACUACAAAAUAGACCUCCCGUUUAUCCAUCUGUCCCAGUGUGAGGUCCGUCUGCGGGUCAGAGCCGUUUCAAAGGCUUUCCCCGUUGUGAUUCUGUGUACUCCACUUGGAUUGAAAACCCUCGCCCUUUUAGUGAUGUGCAUCGUUUUCUACAGUGACAACUGCAGGAAGGGACGUGACUGAUCUAUCGCAGGAGGCUGAGAACAGUUCUCCAACCACAACGCGCAGCGGACCCGCCAGCCCCGCUCUGAAACCCCACCCCCGCCGAUCUAAGCUGCACUCGCCGACGGGCAGAUUUCUGGAUUGUUUCUGGCAUUCUGCCGCACCAACGCACUUACAAUUCCCCUUUUAAUUGUUACACGGCAGUGUAAUAAAACCUCCAGUCAGUCCGCUCAGUUUCCAUGGAGCACAGGGAAAUGGUCCCCACUGAGUUUGAACGGAGUGAGGGUACCGGGGUCCCUCGCUGGUGUGUCCCAAGGAGAGCAGGCACGGUGGCCCCGGUGUGUCACAGGGACUGGCACCGGCCCCGGUGUGUCACAGGGACUGGUUGCCUAUCCCAGUGUGUCACAGGACCUCGAUGUAUCAAAGGACCGUUGACACCCAAACCAACACCAAAGAACAUUCAAGUCGAGACCCAAAACACUCCCUGCGUGGAAAUCCAGUCUCACGCGUGCAAUCCUCGGGCCCUGCCUUUCCUUUCUUGUUCUAAACCUGGUGCUCUCUCCCCCUGCGACAACAUUCAGCCCAUCUAAACCUGCUACCUCACACG